AUUUACUUGAAAGUUCAAUUGAGCUCCAUUCUUUAUAUCAGCACUUGGUUCAAAAUGUUUGGCAUUCGCUCAUUCGUCCGCCAGACGCCUAGGUGGACGCAGCUCCGUGCUGUGUCGACGCUCGAGGGCCAUUCUCAUAUUUACGUAUUCCCCAAAAACGGCACCAACAUCCUCUCUCUCCUACCCUCCGAACCCACCAACCCGGAUCUCGCCCUCGGCGUGACCUCCAAGCUCCCCCCAACACCCGAUUCCUUCAAAGAGAACCCGAAAUUCCUCAACAUCCUGCAAGAAGUGAUCGCGGAGCAUGGAUACAAAGAUCCAGAAGCUGUUUCACAGGCCCAGGUGAUGGUCUCAACAGCAGGCGCUAACCUAAUGUCUGGGGGAGUGCUGAUGGGUGGCGCACGGUCGAGGAGACGGCGCGGCGAAGUCGGUGACUCCAGUGGCGGAGCUAGUGGUCAAGGGGGUGCUGGUUCGGCGGGGAGGGGAGGCUGGAUUCAUUUGUCGGAUGGUAGACGGCCGCCGGAGUAUGGGAGGAUUGCUUGGCCUGAGGAUAUCUUUGGGAGUCUGGAGGUGGAUGCUGACGGGAAGUUUGUGGGAGGGAAUGGUAAUUAUCAGGCGAGUGGAACUUAUCGCAUCGUGACUCGUGAUGGAAUUUUCGGUCUGAGCCCAUUUCUACGGGAGAAGUUGGUCCAGAGACUACGCCAGCAAGAGUCUCAAUAGGCUACUUGGUUAGGAGCCUUGUACAAUAGUUCAUGUUUGUAUUAUUUAAUGGGCUUUGUGGGAUAGUAUCUCCAUUCAUACUGCUGGCAGUUGAAUCAAGUUGGAUCAUGCCUCAAUUACAGAUAAUUAGC